UUUUGAUUCCAGUAACAGCCUAAAACAAAAGUUAAGAUCACAGUAACUACUGCUCUUGAUCUUGAAUGCAUCAAGAUGUCGCAGAUUUACAACCUACUUCAAAAACACAGACUGGAAAGUUAUUACAACAAGUUUCUACAGUUCGGUGUGAAAGAUGAAAUAGAUUUCUUUGACAGUGUCACAAAUGAAAACUUAACCGACCUCGGAUUAACUCAAGCUGAAAAGAAUCGUUUUGCUGAAUUGAAAAAGACCAUCAGCAGAUUCAGAGCUCCAGCAGCUCAAUCUGCUGCUCCAAUGCAAAAGUCUAUGAAGCCUUUUUCUCUACUGUAUACAUACCCCAAAUGCCCUGAGCCAAAACGCAUCGGAGAUAUGGACACACAAAACACAGUCGAAGAUCUGAUGUUGAGGAUAAGUCAUCUUGAAAGUAUCAGUUCCUCUAGAACUGUCUGCCUCUACACAGUCGAUGGAAUGCCACUGACAGAUGAUCCAUUCUUCAACACAUGGUCUUUAGAAGAAAGACACAUUAAAAGUGGAGAUGUGAUCUAUGUUGUAUUUACACCAAAAGAGAACCUGAUAACAGCUGCUCCAGUGAUACAGCGACCAACAACUAAAACUGAUGAAACAGACACAGUGCAGUGUCAUGUCAUGCUCAAGGGAGACUAUGAGGUGAAAGUGAACUUGGCAAGGGACACAGCCUCUAGUUUGAAGAACAAACUUUCCUGUGUGUGUGGAAUCCCAGCAAAUGUCCUUCAUUACAAAGGAACAAAUGAAGUGGGCAUUUCAUUGGAGAGUUGUGGGAUCACAGAAACAUCAACGGUGUACUUUUCAUUAUCCACAUUUGCUGAAGAGGACCAAACUUCCAAGGAAUUCUUCAUUGAUGACAUUAUUCCAGCAGUUCAGCAAACUCCCAAAGGAAUCAGUAUCUUGCUUUCAUCUCUCUAUAUGAUCAAAUACAAACGCUCAGUGGAUUUCCAAAAGAAAUUGAUUGGCUACAUCCAAAAACUAACUGCAUGCAACCCCCUGGCACAAAGUUUGUACCAGUUACUCUGUAAGAAUGAAAACAUAUCCAGGAUUCAAAAGAUUGCUGUAAUUGAAGGCUUGUACACCCUAUUUCGAGAGCUUCUACCAAAUCAUGGAACAAAUCAAGGUGACAGGAUCAUCGAGGACGUUGAGGUCUUUGAGUAUUCAACACACUGCUGGGCAUAUCUCAUGUCAGAAGCAGAGAAAGAAACAUCAGAACAUGAAAACUUUGCACCAUUUUACCUGAUGAGUGAAGAUGGCAGUCGGUUCUGUGAGCCAGUCCGGGUUCCUGGAGUACCAACUACCAUGGAAAGAGCAGCUGUUCUGCAGAAAAUAAAAGAAGGAGAAAGAAUUCCAAACUGCACUGAAGAGGUUUUACUGGAAACAUCACUGAAGACAGCCACUGACAUUGAGAAGAUUCUUCUCAGUGUUCAUCCUUCACUAAAAACCUAUUAUCUUUGGAUUUCGCAUGACAGCGUGUCUGGUCAGAACUUCCACGUCAGUACAGGGAAGUCUAUUGGAGACAUGGCAGAGCACCUGAAGGCUUUCCCUCUACUUGCAGUAACACCACCACUGCAUUUGAAGGAUCUAGGAUGUCAAGAUCCAUGUCUUGUUUAUCUGGAAAAAGAAAAACUUGGUGUUUAUCUGAAUAAAAAUAAGCUGACACCUGAAGCGAUUGAUGUCUUUGACUGCAUGUCUGGCAAAAAAAAGAUCCUGGAUGUGAACAAAUUGGCUGCUGUAACUGGUGACCACAGGGAGGACCACACAUUUGCCACGACCAGGACUCCAAAAGAAGCUAUUCUGGUCCUCAUAGAUACAAGCUCUUCAAUGGAUGAAAAAUGCUAUGGAAGUGUUGACAUAAAGAAAAUCCAUGCAGUGAAAGAGCUUUUUGGCAUCUUUGCAUCUCGGAGUAUGGCUUAUGAUUUUCACCACAUCAUAGGCCUUGUCAAGUUCAACUCAACUGUGAAAACAAUCCACACAUUUACAGAAACACUUGAUAAGUUUAAGGAACACGUGCGCACUCUUGAGCCAUCAGGAAUCACACUGCUGUAUGAUGCUCUACAACACGGACAAGCUGAGCUAGAGAAAGUCAAGAGCAAAUUCUCACAGUGCAGACUUCGCAUUCUGUGUCUCACAGAUGGAAAUGAUGUUGGAUCUUCAAACAUGCCAGCUCAUGUUGCUGUCGACCUGAUAAGGUCCCAGAUAAUAGUGGAUUCAAUCCUCCUUGGAAAUGUGGUGAAUAACAUUCUGCAUGGAAUCAGUAAUGCAACAGGAGGAUGUUGUUUCAAACCAGAAACAAGCAGAGAUGGGGUCAAGCUUUUUGAGACUGAAACUGCUCUUUCUUUGGAGAUGAGGAAACCAAAAAGCAAAGCUGAUCCAUCAAGCAUCACUGAGAGUCUUUUGACAAGCUACUUUGCUACUCAUGGAUAUGAUGCCUUUCCAGAGGCUGUCUUACCGAGUCAGAUGCAGAGCAAAGUGACUGUGACACAAAAUGCUCUGAAAGAGAAGAUUCGGGAGGCCAAAGAUGGGCGUUUCAUGGAGAAAGACAGGCGCAUCCUUGAGGAGCUGAAGAGCCUGCAAUGUGAACCACAUCCCUACAUCAAUAUCUUUCCAUCUGAAUCUGAUUUUACAUUCUGGAAGAUUCUGAUGGAGGGCCCUCCUGACACCCCUUAUGAGAAAGGAGUCUUUGAGUUGUUCUGCCAGUUUGGUCCCGACUACCCUGUGAAGCCCCCAACUGUUCGCUUUGUCACACAUAUGUACCACUGCAACAUUAACAGUUCCGGGCGCAUUUGCCACAACAUAUUCGAUCGGAACUACAAUUCCCAUAUCACCAUGAGAGAAAUCCUUGAGGCUGUGUUUGGACUGCUGAUGUUCCCUGAGCCAGAAGAUCCACUAGACAGUGUUCUGGCUGAGGAGUACCUGACAAACCGCACAUCAUAUGAAGAAAAGGCCAAAAAACAGACUGAGGAAGCUGCAGGGGAGUCUAUGGAGACGAAGGAGAAGAAACUGGUGGAGUCGGCAAAACAGCCUGUACCUCCACAUCUCAUCUGUCCACUGACCAAGAAGCUGUUUGUUGAUCCUGUGAAAACCCCACAUGGAAGGAUUUAUGAACGGAAGGCCAUUGAAAAACACCUGAAAGAUUGGAAAUAUGAUCCAGUUGACCGGAAGUUGUUCCUAAGAAGAACUGAUCUUAAGGCAGAACCCAACAUUAAGAAAAUGGUGACAGAGUACCGUUCAAGUCUAAUUUCAGAAACCAGUGUUUAGCAAACCACUGGUGCUCCAGUUACACCAGUACAGUUACAGUCUGUAUGACAUGAGUGUAAACAGGAAAAGUAUAGUUUUGCUUAGUUCAUGUCAUUAUAUUAUCAUCUAAUUUUAAGUCCUAACUGCCUGUUAUUUCGAGAAAUUAUAUGUAACCUUUUACUAAUUUUACUAAUUUUUACUAAUAAGUCAUUAUUGUGCUUUAUGAUAGUUGAUUGGUAUAUUAUUGUACAAAUUACGUUGUGACAAACUGAGUUGGGUGAAAAUUUUAAUGUUUUUCUGUUUUAUCUGAAUGACAUAUAACAAUUUGAAAAGUCGGGAAACCUUUAACCCCUGCAUUAUAUAAUAAGUCUGAAUAUAAAGUGUGUAUAAUGAACCCAAAAUCACGAUUUAGCUUUUGUUUUUAAAAGUUUUGGAGCUUUACUUGAAUCAGUGGAUAAAUAUUUUAAGAAGUUUUUAUAAUUUUUGUUUUUAAUAUCUUUUUGUGAAGUUGACAGCUGCCUGUAGACGAGUUGAUAAUGAGAAUAAAAUCUGGGUUGCUUUAUUGCAAAUUACUUUUAAUAUUUUUCCAAUGAUACAGAAAUGUUUAUAAAUGCUUGAUGACAAAUAAAAUUGAAAGAUAUCACUUAUUGGUUUUAUUAAUCUAAAAGACAUUCAAGA